GUGCAUGUUUCUAAAAACAGAGCAGCGGGUUUGCGUAUCUGCCCGCAUUUUUUCGUUGUGUGACUGCAAGGAACCGGGCGGGCUGCUGUGAUCGGCGCGCAGAUUUCGAAGGGAGCCGUUCCUUCCAGCCUUGAGGGACCGCGUAGCGUGUUGCGCUCUAGUGCGGCCCUGAGUUUAGUACUGUAGGUAUUUUUUAUCGCUAUGACGGAGUAGCCGAGUAUGUGCCAUAGGUCUGGGGAGGCGGCGGAAGGGCCGUUUUUUUUUGUCGCAUGUCUGCCACCAGCUUUCUUUCCCCGUCUGGGAUUGUUUGGUCGAUACGAUGGAGCUUGGGCGAUGCGGAGAAGAGGCGUGCACAGCGAUAAGGGAAGCAAAAGCCCUGGGCGUCGGGGCGGGCCUGGCGGGGAGAGAUGGAAACCUUGUCGUGCCCAGAAACGCCCAGCGCGCCCAGCGCCCAGCCUCCUCACCCCACAAGCUUGCAAGCUUCUCGAAAGCGGCACCACCGGCACCCAAAGAGGAUUCAUCGCGACACUGAUAUCAUCGGUGAGGCGCCUUAGGGCUCCAAUUCAUGUCACCCUAUCCUAUGGCCGUGUUUUUGGUGCGCCCUGCCACCAUCUCCACAGCGUUUGGGCCGGCUCGAGCGCUGCGCGUGCUGCAUCGUUGUCGUCGCGGCCUACAGCGUUGCCCCUGCUCCUGGACCCUGGUUGUGCUGUGCCUGCCCGGUCUUUGCCUAUAAAGUUGGCCGCCGCCAACCUCUCUGCCGUCGCCUGUCAACAUCAGACAUUAACUCUUCCACACAAACAAACACUCUCACAACUACAACUUUUUCUCACUCUUCUUAUCGUCAUCCAUACCGUCUACGUUUAAUCCGUAAUCACAAUGUACUUCUCCACCAUUGCCGCCGCCAUUCUCCCGCUGGUCGCCAUGACCGUCGCUGCGCCUGCACCCUUCACCAAGCGCACCCCCGGCAGCGUAAGUGCC